CUUUUUCGUUAUCACAAGUUCAAGGAGGCAAAGUCGGCUUCUCAAGCUCUAACAAACUGCCGAUCUGUCCUUUCUUUGGCUUUCCGACCCUGAGUCAUUGCGGAUUUUCGAUUGUCUUCAAGACCCCAGACGAGAAGAGGCAUGGUGUUUUUAUUGAAGCCUUUAAGUACCUAAUUCGUCAUGCUCGAAAAUCCCAAACUCACUUACAAACCGCUAAGUUUUGCUCAUUUUCAAUACCGAGACACAACCGACAAGAUGGCCAAGUUCCAGCUAAAGAUGCUCCCACUUAACCUCCUGGCUCUCAUAGGCCUCAUGGCCUGCGGUGCAUCUGCAUCAUCACCUGCAGCUAGUGAAUCCUCAUCAUCACCCUCACCGUCACCAGCAGCCGACGUCGAGCUCAUCUGCCACACCGACAAACCGACAGAGUGUUAUCCCAAGGUUUUCCAACCAACUCACGAGUUCCAAGUGGUCCAUCCGGACCAGGACCUCCCACUUGGCCUCCAUGUCCGGCUGAACGUCUACACGGGACUGAAGGAGGCCAAGAUCAAUGUGCCAGACGAGCACGACCCAGCACUAGAAGGGCUCCCUGUGGACUCAUCUGUGGUCAUUGUUGAGCGAGACCAAGCCGGGCCAGACCAGGCUCAAGUCAAGCUCCCGCCCAACGGCCCCGCCUACGAUCCAGCAGGCAAGAUCAAGGAGCCCAAAUCCACCGACCCAACUGAGGGCCACGCCUUCUACAAGUCCUUGACCAUCAUCAAAAAGGGCCUCGACGUAGACGGCGCGCUGGAGAUGCUCGAUGAGAUUUCGCAUGACAUCUACUACGGCCUCAAAAUAGCCGAAGACUACGACACGGUCCAAGAGCUCUUCUGCCUCUCCACCGCACGGCCAUCCUCCGGUAACCCCCAAUCCACCACCCGCGCUCGGCUCGCCUCCCUCAUCCUGGCAUCGGCAACCCAAAACAACCCGAAAGCGCUCGCCUCGCUCUCCGCCCACUGGCCUAAACUCUCCGGCACCCACUGCUCCCAUUCCUUGACCACCCCUCUCGGCAACGGCAUCUUUACCCUCCUCCUCCACCAAGAAGCAGACAACGAAACCCACCAAGAAGCAGACGCCUCCCUAACAAGAGCCCGCAUCAUCCUCCUCACAGGCCUUCUCAAGUCCCCGCUUUUCCGCACCGAGUUCCUCGCCUCCCCAGGCCCUGCCCACCUCCUCCGCAUCCUGACCAUGACCAUACCGCCCCGUGAUCUCAACCCAACCGCUUGGGCCUCCACCCAACGCAGCGCAGCUCUCCUCCUGCUGGAUAAUUUCCUCGACGCCGACAUGGGCGCAACCCUCGGCCAGUGGCCCAGAAAGCCCCAACUUUCCAAUGCCGAAUGUUCCUCGCUCCACACAAGACGGGGUGACGACGACGGCGGGGGAGCCGCGUCGGGGAGGAUGAGAGACGGAAGGGAGGAGGAAUGUCUGGACUGGUUGGUAAGCAAGGUUUUGCGCGAGAGACAUGCGCGGGACAAGGAGCACUGGAGCCAUGAACUGGGGCGGAAAAUAAAAGAGGCGCUGAAGAGGGAUCGGCAGCCGGAUUGGGGGAGGGAGAAGGUGGAAUUGUAAAGAUCAUGUUUUAUCUACCUAGGUAUCUACAAUCACUUAUGACGUAGAGGAGGUAUUUUGCUUGCUCGGUUCUGAAGAGAGGGAGCGUAUACCCAGGCGAUAGAUAGAGAGGCUGGUAGCCAACCUGUAUGACGGAACACAAGGUAUUCAGUAUAAAGUACUAAACUGAGCGACCAAGGCAUAUAUGC